UCACACGCUCGCGCGCACACUCACUCACACAUUCACACACACACUCGCUCACACUCUCACACACGCUCACACACGUGCGCCCCACACGCCCCUGCCCUUUAAGUUGCCUCGGCUAGAAGGCGGAUCUGACACGCAGGGGGGUUGGGGGUGCGAUGGAGGCGGGGACCGUGGGAGGAGGAUGGAGAUGAGGAUGGAGGGGGUGGGUGGCUCAGCUUGAAAUCCGUUCCCGUAGCGACGCGAGCCGAGUGCUGCUGCUGCUGAAUGGAGGAAGCACUUUGCCUUGUCUCUGAGAUUCGGAAGCGCCUUUUUUCCCCAGCGAUCAUUCUUCUCUCCGUGUCUCUGUCUCUCUCUCUCUCGCUGUCUCAGCCUCAAGCGCGUGUGUCUCUGUCUGUCUGGGUUUGUGUCUCUGCUUGUGUAGGGAACGGUGCUUGAUACAGGCGCUUCGCUAGCCUCACUUGCCCCAACAAGUCUAUUUAAGGCUGUAACGUGGGGAUCUCUGCGCAUGAUUUUGCGUUGCGGAGCAAGCGGUGAGCGGACCGCGCCGUCAACCAGCACGCAUCCCGAGUUCGAUUCCCGGCCGCGGCUAUGAACAACAGUAGUAGCCCGUGAUCACAAUCCGGACCUGCUCUGGUGCCGGAACGUCUAGGUCGACUCGUCACUUACUGAGUGUCUUGUGUGGUGCGCGCGUUUGUGGAACAUCAGCGCUGGGGAGACAAAGGCGGCCGGGCGAGCGUGGUGUUGCAGGGCCGUAAUAGGUGUUCGCUAACAGCGCUUUAACUCAACGGUCUAUAAAGGCUCUAUGGGGUGGGGUGGGGGGGGAUCUGUGGUCUUUGACAGUCUAUAACAUCCAUUAAUAUGAUUCGCGCAUACAGACUUAAAAACACAAACUAGGACCACGCUCCCUGGAUACGUUAUUUACGCUGCCAUCGCUACAUGGUGGAUGAAGCUGCUGUCAAGACGCGCUGGAUUUCAGCCAGGAUUUGUUUUAGGUCCAUUCGUCUUCACCCGACGCGGCGACCAUUGGACCCCUCGUUUCAUUUGCGUGCUCGUUUUGGUCGAAAAAAAUGUCUGGAUUGUGAUUAAAUAAUUCAGAAUAAAGGCAAAUUAAUCCGGAAGCUGUGCGUGAAAAAUUGCCCACAAGCAUGGGAAUGUGUGCGUUCGUGGCUUUGUCUGCGCCACAAAUCUCUAUUAGUUUAUAAAUAAUGUAACGCAUCCGGCACAUGCGAACAAAAAGUUUGCAUUAUGUAGCGACCCAAAGUCAUAUAUUUAUGAUCAAAACAACACGGGAUUUUCAGCAAGGGCUCGACGUCAAAAUGCAUUUUGAUGAGCUACCAUUAUUUAUAAUCUUCAGUGAGAUAUAAAAAAAACAUUGUCAUCACCAAUGUACAUAUAUCACUCGACUCUUGAGAACCCGGUUUAGCGGCAUUGAUUUCCCAAUAUGAGGCCCCCGAACAACCGUGGCAACGUUGGAGAUGCGCGUGCAAUGAUCCCUCUCUUAGAGACGUAACUGUUCUGGAGAAGCCCCGCACAUCGCCCCAGUUUACAAUCUCAUCUCCGUGCGUUGUACUAAGCGCGUAAACAAGCACGUCGCCGACUGACGACGGGCAGCAGCAACAACAAGGCGAGGGAGCAAACACGCGCCACACUAAAGAAAGCCAAGAUGAUCGCGGCAUCGCACGCCGACAUCCUGCCCUCCGGUUCGAUCCCCUCUGCGGGGGAAGUGUCGCUCGGCACGACCUCUCCGCCGACCGCGGCCAUGCCAACGCCCCCCCCGCCACCGCUCGCGCUGUGCCCCGACUGCGGGCAGCUGCACUCGGCGGCCGAGGGCCACGUGUACGACUACCGGCAGGAGGUGGACGACGACCUCACGUGCCACAUCUGCCUGCAGCCGCUCGUGUCGCCCACCGACACGCCGUGCGGACACACGUACUGCGCCCGCUGCCUCCGAGGGUUCCUGCUCGCCACCAGCAGCGGUGGAUGCGGCAGCUCCGGAGCGGGUGGCGGCAAUGGCAGCGGCAAGGGCGGCCUGGGCGCGUUCUGCCCGCUCGACCGUCGCCCGCUCCGCCCGGAGGCGUGCCGCGCCGCCAGCCUGCUCGUGCGGCGCCUGCUGGACAAGCUGCCCGUCGCGUGCCCCUUCGCGGCUGAGUGCGGCAGAUCGGCGCUGCCGCGAGGAGACCUCGCUGACCACCUGCGCCGCAGGUGCGUGGGCAUGAGCCAGCACCACGCGGCCGAGGAGGGGCUGAGUCGGCGUGGCGCCAUCUGCCCUGGCGCGCUCCACGUCGGCGGGCCGGACAGCGAGGCCCAGGCGGGCGGCACAGAGGGCUCCUCCUCCUCCUCCUCCUCCGCCGCCGCCGCCGCCGCCGCCGCCGCCGCCGCGUCCUCGUCCCCGUUGGGGCCCGACGAGCCAGGGUCGCUCGGCGGCUCCAACUGCAGCGUGAGCGGCGGCAGCGGCGUGAGCGAGAGCGGCCUGGACAACCCCGCGUUCGAGGAGAGCACGGACGAAGAGAUCGCGCUGGAGCACCCCCUGUCCCGCAUGCGCCGCCCGCUGUCCCGAGCCCUCAGCCACCUGAGGAGAACAAACAGCGGCAGCUCCGUGGGGCGGGAAGACCAAGCCGACGACGACACGCCACGAGACCUGGGGGGCAUCCCGGACGGCGAGGUGACCACCAUCGAGGUGGCGCGCGCCAACCCCUACAUGGAGCUGGGCAUCAGCGUGGUGGGCGGCUGCGAGACGCCGCUCAUCACCGUGGUCAUCCAGGACGUGUUCCGCGAGGGGGCCAUCGCGCUGGACGGCCGCCUCCUCCCCGGGGACCAGAUCCUGCAGGUGAACGGCGUGGACAUCAGCAACGUGUCGCACAACUCGGCGCGUGCGGCACUCGCUCGCCCGUGCCCCUCGCUCCGCCUCACCGUGCUGCGGGAGCGCCGCUACGGCACGUCCGGCACGCGCGCCGCGCCGCAGCCUCCGCCGGCGCAGCAGCUCCAGCCGGCGGCCGGCCAGCCCGCCCCGCCGCCCGGCACGGCCGCCCCCCCGCAGCAGCACGUGCAGGGCUCCCAGCGCACGGCGCCGGCGGCGGCGACGGCGUCGCAGCAGCCGGCGGGGCCGCCGCCGGGGCCGCCGAGCGCCGAAGGGCCGGAAAGCGCCGCGGCGGCCGGCGGUGCGGGCGCCACGGACGACAGUUUCCACGUGGUGUUACACAAGCGGGGCGGCUCGGGGCGCGAGCAGCUCGGCAUCAAGCUCGUGCGUUGCGGCGACGACUCGGGGGUCUUCGUCCUGGACCUGCUGGAGGGAGGCCCGGCCGCCGUCGACGGGAGGCUCAGGCCCAGCGACCGCGUGCUCUCCAUCAACGGGCACGACCUGCGGCAGGGCACUCCCGAGAUGGCGGCGCAGGUCAUACAGGGAAGCGAGGACCGCGUGCACAUCGUGGUGUCGCGGCCGGGGAAGCCGGGGCCGCCGGGCCCUGGCGGCCAGGACGGACGGAGCCACGCCAUCCCCGGAGCCGCCCACCCCAGCCCGCCCAAGCCCUGCCACUACCGGGAGCUGUCUCAAGCGGUGUCGUGCCAGGAGAAGGUGGUCACGGUGCGCAAGGAGGCGAGUGAGUCGCUGGGCAUGACGGUGGCGGGCGGACUCGCCAGCCGCAGCGGGGAGCUGCCCAUCUUCGUGACGAGCGUUCAGGGCCACGGCUGCCUGGGCAGGGACGGGCGCAUCCACCGCGGCGAUGUGCUGAUGAGCGUGAACGGCGUUGACCUGACGCGGCGCAGCCACAGCGAGGCGGUGGCGCAGCUGAAGGCGUGCGCCGUGUGCCCCGUGGUGACGCUGCGCGCCCUCGAGGUGCGCGUCCAUUCCGGGCCGGGUGCCACCGCCACCAACGCCGAGCACGAGUACGAUGCCAACUGGUCGCCGCCGUGGCUCAUGUGGCUCGGACUGCCCAGCUUCCUGCAGAGCCGCAAGGAGGUGAUCCUGCGCAGAAGCACAUCGGGGAGCUGGGGGUUUAGCAUCGUGGGGGGAUACGAGGAGAACCACAGCAACCAGCCCUUCUUCAUUAAGUCCAUCGUGCUGGGCACGCCGGCCUACAACGACGGCCGCCUCAAGUGUGGGGACAUGAUCGUGGCCGUGAACGGGCACGGCACGACCGGGAUGAGCCACGCGGCGCUCGUCACGCUGCUCAAGGAGCUCCGCGGGAAAGUGACGCUCACCGUCGUGUCCUGGCCCGGCAGCAUCCUCUGAGAGUGCGGCCACAGCGGGCACGGCGGGCACAGCGGGCACAGCAACACAGCCGCCAGCACCACUGCCACCGCCACUGCCACCGCCACUGCCACCAUCAGCACUACAACCACCACCAACGCCACCGACUCCAGUACCACUGCGGCGACCAUCAUCACUCUCACCGCCACCACCGCCACCACCGCCAACAAUCAGGGGUGCAGCCAGACUUAUUAAAGGAGUCCUGGACGGUAGGAAUAGUCCCAGUAUAUAUGUGUAGUUCAGUUACAUGGCAACAAAUACCGCAACUGUAAUUUGAAUAUAAACAAUUCCAAUGAGGAUUCUAAUUGGAAGCCUCCUAUAUUUGUUACCAGAAUAGGCAGCUAAAAUUGAGCUUUUCUCCGCUGUAUUAUGAUACGUACUUUUCACAACUGUUUAAAACCAUUUUGGAAAAGCAGAGGUGACCUUUGGUAUUAAGAAAUUGGUGUGUGAGGCAGGAGACAUGUCUAUUACUGCGAUUAUCAGACGGCUGCAAUUUUUAACAAACCAGAAAUGAAGCAUCUGGCCUUUGAGUGAAUACACGUCCAAACAAUGUACUGUUCGGGGAGAGGAUGAGCAAUGCUGCAAUUCUAAAGAGAACACGGGCAAGGAAUUGUCGAUGUAAUCAGGAGGUCGUUAGGCAUGGGACAAGUGUGCAAUGCAGAGGGACGGUUAUUGGGACAGGUGACGGGAGAUUGGCGAUCAAGGGGAAUAUCUAAAGCCAGAUAGUGGGAGAAUCUAAAUGCUGACCUUGGAUGUCAACAGCUUUGAGAGGAAAGCAAUGGAGAUGUCUGAUGACCUCUUGACCUUGAAGCGAUUAUACAUACAGUGCACAAUAUAAAAUGUCAUGGUUACAAAGGCAGAGUAUGCUUCAGUGGAGGAAAUGGAAUAAAAUUAUUGGGUCUAAUAUGAAAGAGGAAAAUUAUAUAAAGUGCCUCUCCAGCCAGUAGGCUCAUUCACAAGAGUGAGCAGCUCGCAACCACAAGGUUCCAGAGUUCACAUCCUGGUUGGGCGCCAAUCAUCUCUCCGGGGAAAAUAAAAUAUGUACCACUUUUGGGGGAAGUCAAGAGUGGUUGUCCGAUUGAGAGGCUCGCUCCCGCGAUAGGAAUGUGGAAUUUCCACAACUGGCUCAGGGCCGUAAACAGCAGAUGAGCACCAUCUCAAUGCAAGAAAUCACUUCAACUGGACCUGUUACCUGUCUGGACAAUGAUUUAAAACAAGCUGCGACAUUUAUCUGUGUGCACCGAAUCUGGCUAUACCCCCAAAUUACCACCACAACCACCACCACAACCACCCCAGCAUGAUCUCAUGAACUAUGUCACUUUACUUGACCGAUAAGUAUUUUUCUAUCUUGGAUUGCUCUACGUGUGGAUAGCUAUCGUGUAGUAUACGCUAUUGUGGCUAGCUGCCUUACAAUGCUUUACCAUGCAGCGGCGGAUUUAUUUUCCUUUUUCAAAUGUAUGAAUUUUCCACAAACCGGUUCGUUUUAUCAGCGUCGGUGUUGCAGGCACAGCAUUCACAGCCGGGUUCAACUGGAGGCAAGUUACAAAAGGUUACAAAAGUGGUGAAUGCAGCUUGCAAAGAUUUUCAAGCAAGACUUCCAGUUUUGCAUUACCGUUUGGAACAGACCGCCAACGAAUACGUUUCGACUGAAAUUAUUAAUUGCUCCAUGAUUUUAUCUGUAAGUGGUAGGUACCCAAAAAAACAAUAACUUUAAAGAGCGGAAUAGCGGUGCGGUGGUGAGCACACUGCACCAUUACCCUUGAUGACCAAUUUAAUUUGCUGGCUACAACGAACAUCAGUGGUUAUAUCCGAAUCAGUCCCGGGCUACCUCUUCGUCACCAACUCGCAGUGACCGUGAAGUGAAAACAAAUAACACCAAUGACUGGCAUAGCAUUCAUCUAGCAGCGGAUUGACAAAGGCCUGCAAAGUAUUUUCUUUAAAAAGCGCCACUCACGUGAGCAACAUCUUGGACGUUUCCUCGACCAAAAUAAUUUUAAAAGGAAAUACUUUAACGUCAUUAUUUCACAUUAUAAGAAGGCCAGAGGCAAGAGCCGGCCGCGGUUCUGAUGCCACUCGCAAAUAGGCUCUUAAAUGACUCUCCGUCCUUAUCAAUUUUGGGGUUUUAGGCUUAUUAGGGUGCAAGGGCCGCUGCUGUGGAGUAAUGGCGAGUCCAAUGGACUUAAACUUGCCGAUUCGAUCUCCCACUUGCCUCUGUCCAGCCAGCACCACCGCAGUCAAGGGAUUUGCAGGUCGCGUUUGGUGGGGUCAAGUGUGGGUACUGCCUUUCUUUCCAAGACGUCUGACCAGCGCGGAAGAGUAGACUCUUCCGCCAGCCAUGGCAUGAGCAAAACACAUUGCUGGGCUGCGCCCCUUUUACCCUAUUAGGCACAAGGUCUAGUUAUCAGAUCACAGCGAUAUCCAAUGGUUUUAUGGGUCCAAAUGAAACUCGCAACAGUGGACAGGUGUGGGAAAAUGAUUUCCCAUGUUAGCUGCUGAAUUGUUCCCAUUAUAUUUUAGCCUUAAACAAAGUGCCAAACAAACCUUACUAUUUUUCGGCUACUUUUCAUCCAGCUGAUACACGAAUCCAUCAAACAUUGUGUCGAUGUAUGCGCAUAUUAAAGAUAUACCUUUUUAAGCUAUAUGCUGCAUACCGUUGAUCGUUUUAAAGUGCUUUGCCACCAAUCGUUUUUACUGAUCAAUGGAUAGCGAGAGAAACUAAAUUGUGACCAAAUGUGCACAGCAAGUUUUUUAAAGAAACAUUCGUGAAUGUCAAAUGGUGAAAAUCACAUCUUGAAAUGUCAGAAAAAUACUCCCUCAGCUAUAAUAGCAAGUUAGCAGAGACGGUGUUCACUCGGGGUGACAUUAUUUAACCCCUCCCCGAUUCUAUGCCUUCUUCCAAUUUAGUAUUCAAUCCCGUUUUAGCAUUGUGGCUGCAUACGAGCCGAUGAAUUGUUGCCAUUCAAGAGGUGAUUCUUAACUUAAAUGCUUCGUGAAUGACAGCACCUCCAGUGACUGCAUGGGUCACCUAGACCCAUUCCCAAAUAUACGCUUGGAAAAAGAAAAGAAUAGAUGGAAUUCGAUGCACGUUUCGCGAGCUUAAGAAUCGCUAUUAAAUCGCCGAUGCAAUGCAUCGACGCAUCCCGAGUGCUCUGCCGUCUGUCUCACGGCACCGGGGACUGGCCCUUGGUGUCUCUAUUCUUACCACCGGUCCCUCAAAAAAUAAACAACAAAAAACUAGGCUUACGUACAGCGAUGGGUUUAUCCCGAGAUGCGAGGGCGACCGCAGGGACGUAACCCCGUGCCUCCCACAGCAGAGUUCUGGUGGAGUGCGGUCUGUAGGAGGUCGCGCGUACGUGCAAGCCUCAUCGCCGUACCCAAAACAACAAAAAAGCGUGACUCUAAAUCAUGCAAGCUCAACUGUUUGCAUUUUCUGUGAUGCGAAAAGGACAUUUUUGCUUGUGGAUUCAGGAAAGUGCGUCCAAGUAUGUGGCUGUAAAUACUUUCAUAUGCAUUCUGUUACAUUCCUCUUCGCAGAGACGCCCUGCGUUUUUAUGUUUUUAAUGGGAUUUUUUAAUGCGGAUGGCUAAAAUGCUUAGACCUUAAAAAAAACCAGGGCUUUGCUAUUUAACAUAAUAAUGUAAUAGCUAAUAGUGACCUUUAACACUCUCUAAAUGUGAUGUAAUUAUCAUCUGUAAAUUGUUUGCAGAGUUGGGACUUUUAUUAAACACAACGCAGAAAA